AUGUGUUUCAAUAUGAUUAAAGAAGAGUCGAUACCACUUAUUCGUAUUGAGGCUGAAGAGGGUACUAGCAGAACAUCAGAGGGAGAGGACAAUGACGUGAGUGAAGUGAAUGUCGAUUCCUCCCGAGGAGUGUCUGUUGCAACGUCCCGGGAAGAGGAUGACGACUCCAGUAUUAAUGCCAGCAACGCUAGCAAGAGUCCAGGACAGAGGUAA